GCCUAAAAAAGGUUCUCUGCAGCCUAAAAAAGGUUCUCUGCAGCCUAAAAAAGGUUCUCCACAGCCUAAAAAAGGUUCUCCACAGCCUAAAAAAGGUUUUCCACAGCCUAAAAAAGGUUCUCCACAGCCUAAAAAAGGUUCUCUGCAGCCUAAAAAAGGUUCUCUGCAGCCUAAAAAAGGUUCUCCACAGCCUAAAAAAGGUUCUCCACAGCCUAAAAAAGGUUUCCCCUGCAGUGAAAAAGUUAAAAACCCUUUUUGGUACUAGCACUUUGUUUUUGAGAGAGCAAUAACAACAUCAGCCCAUAUCUUCAUUAACUAAUGAAUUACGUUUUGUUCUCCCAGGCUAUUGUACAAGCAGCCCAGUGUCUUGGUGGGUCGUACUGAUGUGGUGGCAGUCACCCCGUGGUUGGCACCCAUCGUCUGGGAAGGAACCUUUGACCCUGACCUCGUCGACACAAUCUACAAGUCCAUGAACAUCACCAUAGCAACCACAGUGUUUGCCGUUGGAAAAUACGUCCGCUUUCUCCGAGAUUUCCUGGAGACAGCAGAGAAGCACUUCAUGGUCGACUUCAACGUGCGCUACUACGUUUUCACAGAUCGUCCCGACGAUGUUCCAUCAGUGAACCUGUCUCAGGGGAGACAUUUAAGUGUGAUCCAGGUGCCAGGUUCAAACCGCUGGCAGGAGAUAUCAGCCCGGAGGAUGGAGAUCAUCCAGACAGCCAUCGAACGUCAGAUCAGCAGGGAGGCCGACUACAUCUUCUGUCUGGACGUGGACAGCAAGUUCUACGCUCGCUGGGGAGCCGAGUCUCUGGGCAGGCUGGUUGCUGUGAUUCACCCAUGGUUCUACCAGGCGACCCGUGACCACUUCACAUACGAACGGCGUCCAGCCUCGACAGCCUACAUCCCCAUGGAUGAGGGAGAUUACUACUAUGCCGGGGCCCUGUUCGGAGGAUUCGUGGAGGAUGUGUACACACUAACAAAGGUAUGCCGGAACCAGCUUGAAGAGGACGCGAGGAAUUCCAUUGAGGCUGCCUGGCAGGAGGAGAGUCACCUCAACAGGUACCUGCUUUACAACAAGCCCAGCAAGCUGUUGUCUCCAGAGUACCAGUGGGAUGACAAGAAGACCAAUACCAAAGAGGUCAAAGUCAUUCGCUUCUCUUCUGUCGUUAAAAACUAUGCUGAAAUUCGUCCCAAUGUAUAGGACUAGGAAUUGGAUAUUCGACCGACAGAAGAAAAACUUAAUAGAUUAUGGUUAAUGUUAGGUUAAGUUCAGGUUUUGCUUCACUGAGGUUUGGGUUAAGGUUAGGUUAAGUUCAGGUAUAGCUUCACUGAGGUUUGGGUUAAGGUUAGGUUAAGUGCAGGUAUAGCUUCACUGAGGUUUGGGUUAAUGUUAGGUUAAGUUACGUUCAGGUAUAGCUUCACUGAGGUUUGGGUUAAGGUUAGGUUAAGUGCAGGUAUAGCUUCACUGAGGUUUGGGUUAAGGUUAGGUUAAGUUCAGGUAUAGCUUCACUGAGGUUUGGGUUAAGGUUAGGUUAAGUUCAGGUAUAGCUUCACUGAGGUUUGGGUUAAUGUUAGGUUAAGUUCAGGUAUAGCUUCACUGAGGUUUGGGUUAAGGUUAGGUUAAGUGCAGGUAUAGCUUCACUGAGGUUUGGGUUAAGGUUAGGUUAAGUUCAGGUAUAGCUUCACUGAGGUUUGGGUUAAGGUUAGGUUAAGUUCAGGUAUAGCUUCACUGAGGUUUGGGUUAAGGUUAGGUUAAGUGCAGGUAUAGCUUCACUGAGGUUUGGGUUAAGGUUAGGUUAAGUUCAGGUAUAGCUUCACUGAGGUUUGGGUUAAGGUUAGGUUAAGUUCAGGUAUAGCUUCACUGAGGUUUGGGUUAAUGUUAGGUUAAGUUCAGGUAUAGCUUCACUGAGGUUUGGGUUAAUGUUAGGUUAAGUUCAGGUGUAGCUUCACUGAGGUUUGGGUUAAGGUUAGGUUAAGUUCAGGUAUAGCUUCACUGAGGUUUGGGUUAAUGUUAGGUUAAGUUCAGGUGUAGCUUCACUGAGGUUUGGGUUAAGGUUAGGUUAAGUUCAGGUAUAGCUUCACUGAGGUUUGGGUUAAGAUUAGCUUAAGUUCAGGUAUAGCUUCACUGAGGUUUGGGUUAAUGUUAGGUUAAGUUCAGGUAUAGCUUCACUGAGGUUUGGGUUAAGGUUAGGUUAAGUUCAGGUAUAGCUUCACUGAGGUUUGGGUUAAGGUUAGGUUAAGUUCAGGUAUAGCUUCACUGAGGUUUGGGAUAAGGUUAGGUUAAGUUCAGGUAUAGCGUCACUGAGGUUUGGGAUAAGGUUAGGUUAAGUUCAGGUAUAGAUUCACUGAGGUUUGGGAUAAGGUUAGGUUAAGUUCAGGUAUCGUUUCACUGAGGUUUGGGUUAAUGUUAGGGUAAGUUCAGGUAUAGCUUCACUGAGGUUUGGGAUAAGGUUAGGUUAAGUUCAGGUAUAGCUUCACUGAGGUUUGGGUUAAUGUUAGGUUAAGUUCAGGUUAAGGUUAGGGAAAGGUAUAAAAUGUCACAUUGGAUAUACAGCUGUCCGGCCCCAUUCAUUUUCUGUUGGUGAAAUAUAUACACUGCCAUAAAACUACUAUUUUAAAUGUACUGUAUAUCAGUCACUGUUGUAUGGAUAUAUGGAUAAUAUAUGGAUAAUAUAUGGAUAAUAUAUGGAUCAUUUAUGGAUAAUAACGUUCUUCAUUUAUAGGAAAAUAAAUAUUUUGUAUUACCUUAUUCAUCCUGUAUUCUGUAGCCUAUCUACUGUGUAUGUUGAUUACUGGGAAAAACAUCAAGAAAUAUAAGGUUUCAAAAAAUA